GACAGCCGCCGCCGGCUUCCGCGCCCGGCCGCGCGCUCCCGUCCCUCCUCCUCCUCCUCCUCUUUCUCUCUCCCCCUCCUCCUCCCCGUCCUCCCCGUCCUCCUCCUCCUCCUCCUCCUCCGUCUCCGAAGCGCGAGGAGCCGCGGGGAGCACCGCCCCCUCCCUCCUCCCUCCUCCCGCUCCCUCCUCUCCCUCCUCUCCCUCCCUCCUCCCCCUCCCUCCUCCCCCGCAUGCGCCCCGAGGCCCCGCGGGGCGCCCCCUCGCUCCCCGUGCUCCCCACCGCUCCUCCCCACCCCAUCUCCGUGCUCCCUGAGCUCCCCGUGUCCUCUGGGGACUCCCCGUGCUCCCUCCCCACCCUGAUCCUCCUGCUCCCCCCGAUUCUUGAGCUCCUCGCCGCUCCCCAUCCUCCCCACCGCUCCUCCGUCUCUGCUCCUUGUGCUCCCUCGAUCUCCCUUUCCUCCCCGUGCUCCCCCAUCCCCGUGCUCCCCCAUCCCCGUGCUCCCGCUCCCCGUCCUCCCGUGCUCCCCGUGCUCCCCCACUCCCUUGCUCCUCUGAUCCUUGUGCUCCCUGUGUUCCCCCAUCCUCGUGCUCCCCCAUCCCCGUGCUCCCCAUCCCCGUGCUCCCCCCAUCCUCGUGCUCCCCAUCCCCGUGCUCCCCCUGCUCCCUGUGGUCCUCUGAUCCUUGUGCUCCCUGUUCUCCCCUGCUCCCUGUGCUCCCCCAUCCCCGUGCUCCCCCAUCCUCGUGCUCCCCCAUCCUCGUGCUCCCCCAUCCUCGUGCUCCCCCAUCCUCGUGCUCCCCCAUCCUCGUGCUCCCCCAUCCUCGUGCUCCCCCAUCCUCGUGCUCCCCCAUCCUCGUGCUCCCCCAUCCCGUGCUCCCCCUUGCUCCCUGUGGUCCUCUGAUCCUUGUGCUCCCUGCUGCUCCCCCGCUCCCCCUCCUCCCUGCUCCCCCUCCUCCCUGCUCCCCCUCCUCCCCGCUCUCCGUGCUCCCCGCCCCCCGUGCUCCCCGCGCUCCCGUGCUCCCGCCAUGGACUAUGACUUCAAGCUGAAGCUGAGCGGGGAGCGCGAGCGCGUGGAGGACCUGUUCGAGUACGAGGGCUGCAAGGUCGGGAGGGGGACGUACGGGCACGUGUACAAGGCCAAGCGCAAGGACGGGAAGGACGACAAGGACUAUGCGCUGAAGCAGAUCGAGGGCACCGGGAUCUCCAUGUCCGCCUGCAGGGAGAUAGCGCUCCUGCGCGAGCUCAAGCACCCGAACGUGAUCUCGCUGCAGAAGGUUUUCCUGUCUCACGCCGACCGCAAGGUGUGGCUGCUCUUCGACUACGCGGAGCACGACCUGUGGCACAUCAUCAAGUUCCACCGCGCGUCGAAGGCGAACAAGAAGCCGGUGCAGCUGCCGCGGGGGAUGGUGAAGUCGCUGCUGUACCAGAUCCUCGACGGCAUCCACUACCUGCACGCGAACUGGGUGCUGCACCGCGACCUGAAGCCCGCGAACAUCCUGGUGAUGGGCGAAGGCCCCGAGCGCGGCCGCGUCAAGAUCGCCGACAUGGGCUUCGCGCGUCUCUUCAACUCCCCGCUGAAGCCGCUCGCGGACCUGGACCCGGUGGUCGUGACCUUCUGGUACCGCGCGCCGGAGCUGCUGCUGGGGGCCCGGCACUACACCGCAAGGCCAUCGGUGAACAUCUGGGCGAUCGGCUGCAUCUUCGCGGAGCUGCUGACGUCGGAGCCGAUUUUCCACUGCCGCCAGGAGGACAUCAAGACCAGCAACCCGUACCACCACGACCAGCUCGACCGCAUCUUCAACGUCAUGGGCUUCCCCGCGGACAAGGACUGGGAGGACAUCGAGAAGAUGCCGGAGCACUCGACGCUCAUGAAGGACUUCCGGCGCAACACCUACGCCAACUGCAGCCUCAUCAAGUGCAUGGAGAAGCACAAGGUCAAACCCGACAGCAAAGCUUUCCACCUGACCCCCGACCCUGACCCCUGUGACCCCCGACCCCCGACCCUCCACCCUGGUGAGCGACCCCCGACCCCUGACCCCUGUGACCCCGACCCCUGUGACCCCACGACCCCUGACCCUGACCCCGACCCCUGUGACCCCCGACCCCUGACCCUGACCCCGACCCUGACCCCCGGCCCCCGGCCCUCCACCUGCGACCCCCCGACCCCUGACCCCUGUGACCCCCGACCCCUGACCCCCGACCCUGACCCCCGACCCCCGACCCCCGACCCCCCGACCCCUGACCCCCGACCCUGA